UCUCCAGUACCCUCCGCUAGUCGCUUCGCGCCCGCUCUCGUCCACGUCGGACCGCGCUGCUGCCUGCCUCGCCAUGGGUCGACAGAAGGAGCUGAUGAACCGUUGCGGGGAGAUGCUCCAUAUCCGCUACCGACUGCUUCGCCAGGCGCUGGCGGAGUGCCUGGGGACCCUCAUCCUUGUGAUGUUCGGCUGUGGCUCCGUGGCUCAGGUGGUGCUCAGCCGGGGCACCCAUGGUGGAUUCCUCACUAUCAACUUGGCUUUUGGCUUCGCUGUCACCCUUGCCAUCUUGGUGGCUGGCCAAGUGUCCGGAGCCCACUUAAAUCCUGCUGUGACCUUUGCCAUGUGCUUCCUGGCACGCGAGCCCUGGAUCAAGCUGCCCAUCUACACACUGGCGCAGACGCUGGGGGCCUUCUUGGGUGCUGGCAUCGUUUUUGGGCUGUACUACGAUGCGAUCUGGGGCUUUGCCAACAAUGAGCUUAUCGUCUCCGGACCCAAUGGCACAGCUGGCAUCUUUGCCACCUAUCCCUCUGGACACUUGGACAUGGUCAAUGGUUUCUUUGAUCAGUUCAUAGGUACAGCCUCCCUCAUCGUGUGUGUGCUAGCCAUUGUCGACCCGUAUAACAACCCUGUCCCCCGCGGCCUGGAGGCCUUCACUGUGGGCCUUGUGGUCCUGGUCAUUGGCACUUCCAUGGGCUUCAAUUCUGGUUAUGCCGUCAACCCUGCCCGUGACUUUGGCCCCCGCCUUUUCACCGCCCUGGCUGGCUGGGGCUCAGAAGUCUUCACGACUGGCCGGCACUGGUGGUGGGUACCCAUCGUCUCCCCACUCCUGGGCUCCAUUGCUGGCGUCUUCGUGUACCAGCUCAUGAUUGGCUGCCACCUGGAGCAGCCCCCGCCCUCCACCGAGGCAGAGAAUGUGAAGCUGGCCCACGUGAAGCACAAAGAGCAGAUCUGAGUGGACGGCGGCCGUCCGUCCCCCACUGUCCACUCCCUUGAGUAUCCACUGACUGUGUGGGGGCCACUCCCUAAAAGCCCCCUUGGGAUGCCUCUCACGGGGAAGCUAAGAAGCUCCCUGUAUCCACCCUGGCAGGAUGGCCCCUCCAG